GUAUCUAGACAUCAAGUUCAAAAAUCGCAGAGAAAAUCAAAAUAUAAUAUGUUAACCAAUUAACCCAAAAAUAAAUAUCCUUAUUCUUUAUAGGGGUUCUUCAAAUUUUGCCUUGCGUAUUCCAUUUCAUUUUUUUCAAUUUUGAGUUUUAAUAGUACUUCAGACUAUCGGUGUUCAUAUAUCGGCGCAAAUAUCUACUUUUCACGCACAAAAAACACGCAACAGGCACUGAGAUAGCAACCGAGCUGAAAAACAUGUCGUGUUUGCACGAUCACAGCUGCGAAGAGUACGAUUGCUCCACCGAUUGGUCUCUCUACAAACACAUCGAUCUAUCCAAGGUUUCUGCGCUGAAUGAGGCUGUUUCUGGAAGUGUGAAGUCGGUGUUCAAAGAUUGGGAGCAUCGGCUGAACUCUUCAGAGGGUUACUUGGAAAGCAAUGAAGGUGAUCCUGAGUUGAUAGUCUUUAUUCCAUUUACAUCAGAUGUUAAGCUAAAGAGCAUUUCAAUCGUUGGUGGCGCUGAUGGGACGAGUCCUGCAAAGAUGAGAGCAUUCAUCAACCGAGAGGGUAUUGACUUUUCAGAUGCUCAGAAUAUGCAAGCCGUGCAGGAGUGGGAUUUGGCAGAAAACUUACAAGGAGUUUUGGAGUACCAGACAAGGUAUUCGAGAUUUCGGAGUGUUGGUAACCUCACGUUGCAUUUCCCAGUUAAUUUUGGUGGUGAUGCAAGUACAACUCAAAUACUUAAUCAUUGGGUUGAAAGGAGAAGCUACUCAGCAAAAGGGGAAGAGAAGGAUUGAAAACUUAACCUUCUAAGCUGGAAUGGUCGACUGAGAGUAUGAAUGGAGAUUUGGGUAUAAGCUGAAUGCGAAGGGUUAUAGUGUUCGAGAUUGAAUUAAUUACUAGCAAUAAAUAAUAUAUGUCCUGACAAGGUGCUGUGAAAUAAUGGAACGGCAUUACUUUAUAUCACUUACUAAUCACACAAAAUGCAGUAUAUUACCUAUACUGAUAUCUGGUGCAAAAUGAUGCUACUGUGUGAUUAUCAGAGUUCAAACAAUGCAUAUAAUUACGCCUCAACUGUGGAAUAAAUUGUUUAACUCACUGGAAUUCUAUCCGGAUAUUUCUCUCUAAUGCGACCGGACUCUGCCUGUCUUUU